AUGCAGUACACCCAGUUUCAGAAUCAUGGCACAGCAUUCCCGGUCGGUCAUAUAACUAAACUCGCCGUCGCGGAUCGGUACGGCUUGAGCACUCGAGACCUGCGUGUUUUCGACCAGCCAUCGAGCGGAGUGCCGUAUAUCCUCGUUCGAGAAUCGACUCUGCUUCUUCACAUAUUAGACCUGCGCGUGCUUGUGCAGCACGACCAUGCGCGACUCUUCCAUGUCGCCCACGUGCCGCCAAGUCUCGACCACACCCAGGGCAGCGACGAGAAUCGCGUGUCGCGCGUGUUUAGCCACAUUAUGCAGGAAAAGCUACGAGACGGUCAACAGCCAGGCAAGGCAGAACGGCAGCCUUUCGAGCUUUGCGUGUUGGAGGCAGCUCUGUCGGCCGUCACCUCGGUCUUAGAAGCAGAGUGUUCGCUGGCCGAGCAAGAAGUCUCCCAGACUCUCCAGAUUACUGAUGCGAGCACACCGAAUGGAGAUGAACCUGUCACGCAUUUGCGUCUCCGCACGAUCCUGGAACUGAAGCGGAAGCUCGUCGGGAUUGAACAACGGGCACUCCAGGUGCGCAACAUGGCGCAGGAGGUACUCAAUGAAGAUCAAGACAUGGCCAACAUGCAUUUGACCGAUAAGCAGGCGGGGAAGCCGCACAUGGUGCAGGAUCACCAGGGUGUCGAAUAUCUUUUCGAGGCAUACUUCAAGGCUAGUGACACCAUCGGACAGGAUGCGGCGAGCUUGAUGAGCCAUCUCCAACGCACCGAAGACACAAUCCGGUACACGUUGAAUGUGCGACGGAAUCAGAUCAUGAUGUUGGAAGUUCGACUCGAGAUACUGAUGUUGGCGUUAGCGGGGGCCACUCUCAUCGCGGGCUGGUAUGGCAUGAACUUGGUAAACUACUUCGAGGACAGCCCACAUGCGUUUGCAGUCGUGGUUCUCUUAUCUUGUGCAGCCGUGCUCGGAUCAUCCUGGUACGGAAUGCAUAGGUUGCGGCGGAUCCGCACGGCACAAUUGCAUGUCUGA